AUGAUUUUCGAACGCAUCCUGCAGCUACGAUCAUGGUCUGGACUUCUCGGAUACGUUGAGCAACCCAUUCUUACAUGGCCAACUGGCCUUGGAGAGAGGGGUAACAGUAUCAGAGUCAAGGGAGACAACAUCCUUGGAAGGGACACUUACAGAGAUAUCCAAGAGAUUAGCAAUAUCGAGAUCAAAGCCUACUUGAUGGAGUAUGGAGGUUGGCAUCUCGCUUGA